CAGGGCGGGGCCGGGCCGGGCCGGGCCGGGUCCGGAACUCGAGGUCCGGCUCCUGGGAGCCGCCGGGCGCUUUUGUGGACGGUCCAGGUGCAGCGGGUCGGGUGUCCGGGUAGAGUCAGGGAUGGUGGGGAAGGAGCGGAGGUUCCGCCACAGGCUGCACUCGGCUGCGGUGAAGCUCAACGAGGAGGCCUCGGCACCGAGCCAGCCGGAGCCGCGGGCUGGGCCUCCCCCCGCGGCGGACAGGAAGAUCCCGAGGGGGGAGACUGAUCAAUUGUCCACAUCGCUGUUUGCUGGAACUAUAAUCGACCCAAAGACACUCGUUCGGAAGCUAGAUGUUGAUUGUAAGACUGUGGUGUCCAGCAAGAAAGGUGACAAGCUUCAGCUGUCCAAGAAAGAGAAACUAAAACAACGGCAUGAACGUUGGCUUCAGAAAAUUGAGAUGAUCAAACUGGCAGAACGGAAGAAGAAAGCCCAAGAGAAACGCAGAGCCAUCCCUGUGGUGGGAGAUAUGCAGCCACUUGCUGAUGCACUGCCGGAACUGACCGAUUUGAUCACUGCUAGCAACGUAUCCAUGGCUAAUAAAUCAAAGAGUUCAAAAAAUAAACCUGAAGCAACACAGUACAGUAAGAUGCGUCAUGCUCAAAAACGGAAACUAAUAUUUACAUGUUGAAUGAGGGCCAACAAAAUGUUCUAUCUUUCAAGAUGGUCAUCAUUGUAUUUGUGAAAAAGAACAGACUUGUCAGCUCUUGUCAGCUAGAAACAAAACUUUGGGUGCUUCUGUAUGCUCAGCCUAAAGUCGUCCGUAAAGAUGAAGGAACCAUUACCUCCUCCCUUGUGUAUCUAUUACACUUUGUAUUUCUUUGAUUUUUUUUUCCCUUCAUAUUAAUUGAUUGUAAAUAAAUGUUGCUUUCUUCUGUGAAGCUCUGCAUGAUAGUACAGUAUCUAUUAUUUUGAAGUGUUUGGCAGUGUAUUAUCAUACCAUUUCAGUGUACAGAUUACUGAAGUAGAGUCAUUGUUAGCCUUUCCAGAUUGUGCGCUUCUGUGUGUGAAAGAAAGAGAGAUAAAAAUCAGAAUUUGUGACCGGGGAAAUAACUGUAAGCAAACUUCUGCCAGAGAAAACUCUGUUACUUCCUGACUAGAAAGCGAACUAAGCAAAAUAUUAUACAAUAUUAAAACAACAUUAUUCGGUGCUGACCUGUAACAUUUUCACAGUUAACGUUCCAAUAAACAUGGCACAGUCCUGGAGUACGUGAUUUAUGUUUAUUUUAUUAACACUCAAUCCACUUUAUAAUCAGAUUUUUUUUUGUAAAAGAGCAGAUUUAACCAAGUAUUUUACUGGUCUUUCAUGACAUUCUGUUCCACAAAUCUGCUCUUCUGCAGGGAUUUUCUAUUUUAAUCUGUGUUUAAUGCUGAAUCCAUGUUACAGUCUCAUCCUCUACUAGUGCUGUCACAGUUUAAAUGAGCUAGCCCACUUAGAUCCAGAUUAUCCGUAUCAAAAAAACAUUCUUUCUGUCUUUCUGCUUUUGUCAGUGUGCAAUGUAAUUAUCCAUUGUGUAAAUGUAUACCAUUGAUCAUUGUUUGUGUAUCCUAUGCUGCCUUCAAUCCUCAUAAAAUUCAAUCUCUCUGGAGUUCACAACCAGUUA